AUGAAGGUCAUUAUCUUUGGCGCGUCCGGAGAGACCGGUCGUUCAAUCGUGAAGGGCCUGCUCGAGUCUGCUACGCAAUUUGACAUUACCGCCGUGUCCCGGAAGACGUCUCUCAACAGCAAGAACAAUGAUGAGCUGAAGAAGCUGGGCGUCCAGGUCGUGGCUGCAGACUUGAAAGGUCCCGCAGAUGACCUCGUCGGGCUUCUUAAAGGCGCCGAUGUUGUUAUCUCAAGCAUUAAUGCAACAGUCUUGUUGGAUCAAAUUCCCCUGGUGGACGCCGCGAAAAAGGCUGGCGUUGGCCGCUUCAUCCCUUGCACCUUUGCAACGGCUUGUCCUCCGAUGGGUGUGAUGAAGCUGCGCGAGACGAAAGAAAAAGUUCUCAACCACAUCAAAAAGAUUUACCUACCUUACACGAUCAUCGAUGUAGGAUGGUGGUACGAGAUUAGCCCACCUAGGGUUCCCUCCGGACGUAUCGACUAUGGUCUCAUGAUGGCCGUGACACACCUGUUCGGGGACGGAUCCGCGCCGUCCGGGCUGACUUAUACAAAAGAUAUUGGCAAAUAUGUGGCCAGGAUUAUUGCUGAUCCACGCACUCUGAACAACAUGGUAUACGUCCAUAACGAGCUCUGGACGCAGCGGCAGAUCUUUGACAAGGUCGAAGAGCUGAGCGGAGAAAAGCUUGAGCGCAACUACUUGUCCGGGGAGGAGCUGCAGGCCCAGGCUGCUAAGCUCUUAGGCCCAGAUCAAGUUGAACCAGCAGACACGAUGCUCCUAAUGCGGCUUUGGGGUGUCGAAUAUCAGUACUCAUGGGGAAUUCGUGGGGACAACACGCCGGAAAAUGCCAAGUACCUGGGAUACCUCUUAGGCAAGGAGCUUUAUCCAGAUGUGGAGUUCACCUCCUUUGAGAGCUAUCUGAAAGAGUUGCUGGAGGGGAAAGCCAGAAAGGUCUACGUCUGA